AUGCAAUUCACAACCCUCACCGCCCUCCUCGCCACCGCCCUCGCCGUGAGCGCCACCCCCCUCCAGCAAGACGUCAAUAAGCGCCAGGAGGGCGGCGUUCCCCGCGUCUACGCCCGCUUCUACAACGACGGAGGCUGCGGUCCUUCUCCCUGGGUCGAAGACACCGUCUUCAUCCAAUCUGAGACGGUCGGACUGGCCGGAUGCCAGGAUCUGACUGUUGGGCCGUUUGUUAGCACUUAUUUUGAUACCAACAACUUUAGCAGGACUGUUCGAUUCUUCAACCUUUCUUGCUCCCAACUUACUUCUACGACGAGUGGAAACUUUGUUGAUAUCAAGCCUGGCCAGCAGCCUGGAUGCCAGAACUUGGCUAUUCGCUCUUGGAUUACUUUGUAA